AUGAUUUCAAAAACCACUGCACUCUGGCUAUUAGCCUUCAUCAGUGUCAAUGUGGCGGCCCAGGACGCGGAGGUUUGGUACGAGGCCCAUCCUGGCUUGGCCCAGAUCAAAAGGGUGAAGCAAGACACGCACCAAAUCGUCGACGAAUACGGCCGUACUCGGUUCUUUCACGGAACGAAUGUUGUCAUGAAGGAAACUCCGUGGUAUCGACCCAUGGAGUGGACGCCCGGAGUGUCGACCUUUGGUGAGCAGGAUGUCCAGAACCUCCAUGACAUGGGCGUCAACAUUGUCCGCCUUGGACACAGCUGGGCUGGUGCUGAGCCUGUCCGAGGCCAAUACAACCAGACAUUUUUGGAAAUUAUGAAACAACAGACAAAGCUGGCGGAAGAGCAAGGGAUCUACGUGUUGGUGGAUGUUCACCAAGAUGUGCUGGCGCAACAACUCUGCGGCCACGGCGUACCUGAUUGGUUCGUUAAGAAGGACUGGAUCACGGGCUUCAGGCGAUUCCCGUUCCCCCUCAAACUCACUCCAUUUACUACCGACAGCAACGGCUUUCCCUCGCCCAAAUCGCAGUGCAGCACCAUUGACUGGUCCCUGAGCUAUGCCACAGUCGCCGUGUCAAAUGCAUUUGGACGAUUGUAUGAUAACUACGAUGGCCUCGGCGACGCCUUUGCUGCGUAUUGGAAGAAGCUAGCCUCUGGAUACGCUGAGACUACUAAUAUCGUGGGCUACAAUCUGUUGAAUGAGCCCUGGGCCGGCGACACCUACAGAGAUCCAACGUUGCUCAUACCGGGCAUCGCCGACCACAAGGCUCUCGAGGGGCUCUGGAAUCGCGCGGCGAAGCAGAUCCGAACCGUCGACAAUGACACGCUCAUCUGGUUCGAGGGCGUCACCCUCGACGUGCUCUCGGGGUUCAACAACGUGCCGCUCGGCGACGGGUCCAAGACGGUGCACUCGUUUCACUACUACCACCCGCCGCAGCUCGGCUCCAUCGCCGACACGCUCUACAACCGCCAAAAGGACAAUGUGCGGCUCAAGACGGCCGGUGUCCUGACCGAGCUGACCAUGUGGAUGGGCGACGACAAGCAGAUGAGCGCCAUGGCAGAGGCCAUGAAGGCUACCGACGACAACAUGGUGUCCUGGCUCGGGUGGGCGUACGAGAACCUGUACAAUGGAACGUCGGGGAAGGCGUACCCGGAGCUGCAGAAACACUACAGCCGAGCAUACCCGGCGGCCGUGGCCGGCACGCCAAAGUCUUUUGGGUUUGACGAGAGUUCGGGCACGUUCAAGCUGCAGUUCACGAGCGACCCGGCCAUUGAUGCGCCAACAGAGAUCAUCUUGCCCGUGUCAGCCUUUCCCAACGGGUAUAACGUACAGAUCACCCCUGAUGGCGGCUUGGUGCAACACGUACGGGACAAUCGCACGAUGAGUCUUUUCACAUCCAAAUCUCUUGCGACCGCCACAUCGAUUUCUGUCACCAUCACUCGGAAGUAG